UUAUGUAAAGUUAGACGUUGAAGAACGAGUUAACUAUAAUCAGAUAAAAUGUCUGGUAAUGAUGUAUCGGUGACUGAGACAGCCCAAAGCGAUCAGUAUCAAACUGCCAAUGCAGCUGCACAUCAUCAAUAUUAUCGCUACCACAAGCAACACCAGCAGCAGCAGCAACAGCAACAACAGAGCUGCCUGCGACAGCAACAAAGACAAUUGCAGUGGGAGCAGCAGCAGCAACAUCAGCAGCAACAGCUGCAACAUCAACUGACCAACAGCUCCAGCGAGUUUGAUGAGUUCCACUGGCCCAGCAAGCAGACGGGCGGCGAAACACUGGGCGGAAAGAUCUAUAUAACCCCCGCCGACAUACCGCCACCGCCCCAGCCACCCCUCCUGAACAACUCCGGCAACUGUCACAGCCACCACAAUGGCAACAAGGCCCGUCAGCAGCACCAACACCAACAGCAACAGCAACAUCCUCACCUUCAUCCACACAUCCAUCCACAUCCGCAUCCACUGCCACACCACCAACAUGGACACCGGACGCCACCGCACCGCUGCAAAUGCGAGCACCCAAGCAUCGAGCUGAUGGGCUACGAGGAUGCCGCCAUUGCCACCGCCACCGCCAGCAACACUGCCGCCAACGUGGGCCACCAUCAGCGUCACCAGCAUCCGCCCUACUACUACAAGGCGAUGGUGGGUCGGCGACCGAGCGCCAAGCUGCACGAGUCGAUGCUGGGUGGGGGCAGUAGCCUGGAGGACGACGAUGUGGUCAGUGCCGGUAGCUUCGGGGAGGGGAUGUCAAGGUUCAAGAACCUAAUGAGUUCGAAGGAGAAGAAGCGUCGAUUGCGGAUCAUCCUAACCACCAUAACAGUGAUCGUUGGCUUGGCUCUUCUGGCCACUGCCCUGUAUUUCAUUAUCCGAACUGACGAGAAGGAUAGUUCUGAUUCCAACGACGGUUCCUCGGGCAAUGCCAUCGACCUGGAGGAUGUUCUCAGCGGCCAAUUAUAUGCCAAGAGAUUCAAUGGCAGCUGGAGCAAUGGCAACAGUCUGAUUUACAAGGAAAGUGCGUCCAUUAUUGAGUAUGAUGCCAAGACUGGAGUCCGAACCCCUCUCCUGCACAAUGCCGGCCAUUAUGUCCUCUACGAGAAGUCCGCCGACGGGCAGUUCCUGCUCUUGGCCAAGAACUACAAGAAGAACUUCCGGUACAGCUUCCUAGCCGAGUACGAUCUCUAUAACCUGAACACCAGCCAGACCACGGCACUGACCAUCCAGGGCGUGCAGGUCUAUCUGAGCAUGGUCCAGUGGGCGCCCACGGGAAAUGCUUUGGUGAUCAACUAUGACCGCAACUUGUACUACAAGAAGAACGCCCUGGAUGAGGAGAUCGUGCUGACCAACGACGAACAGGCGGGCAUUCUCAACGGCAUUCCAGACUGGGUCUACGAGGAGGAGGUGUUCAGCUCCAACGUGGCCACCUGGUUCAAUCCCUCGGGCACCCAGCUGGCCUUCAUCAAGUUCGAUGACUCGUCCACGCACCUCAUCAACUUCCCCUACUACGGAGAUGCCGGCGAUCUGCGCUACCAGUAUCCACUGCACCAGGUGAUUGCCUACCCCAAGGCAGGAUCCUCGAAUCCCCGCGUCCAACUUAUAAUGGUUGAUCUGGAGAAGGCGGUGGCUGGAGGGCAGAGGGAAGGCUUCGUCACCCAGAUGCCGGUACCAUCUGCUCUGAAUACGGAAACCGACUACAUUGUGACGGUGGUCAGUUGGGUGGACGACGACAAUGUCCUGUCUAUCUGGAUGAAUCGCAUUCAGAAUGCCGCCUAUGUGGUGACCUUCAACGGACUCACCCGAAAAACUAUCUAUCGCACGGAACCAAAAACAGGAUGGGUGGAUCUUUACACCGCCCCUUUCAAAAAUCAUGAUGGUUCCCGGCUCGCUGUUGUCCUGCCCCACAAUAACUACAAGCACCUACAGCUCCUUACCUCCAGUGUGGCUAGCUCGGAACCCCAAACGCCGGAGGCAUUGACCGACGGCAAGUAUGUGGUGGACAGCAUCCUGCACUGGGACGGCGCCAACGAUAUCAUCUUCUACAUGGCCAACACGGAGGAGCAUCCAGAGCACCUGCAUCUGUAUGCGAUUCGGGCACAGGCCAAGCAAACUGCUAAGUGCCUCACAUGCAACCUCAUCAAGUCCGGGGAUGUCCAGCAGACCUAUUUCUCGGCCAUCUUCAAUGACAAUAACCAUAUAGUGAUUACCUCCCAGGGUCCUGGUAUUCCCACCACCCACAUCUAUGAGUGGAAAUAUGAAAAUUCUCAAGUCCAGCUAACCCAUGUGAUCGACUGGGAAACCAACGAGUCGCUGCGAGCCAAACUGAAGGGCGUGGCCCUGCCUUCCCACAAGAUCCUGACAUUCAACAUCGAUGGUGGCUUCCAGGCCAAGGUGCUGCUCCAACUGCCUCCCAAUCUGGAUACCAGCGGCAAUACCAAAUACCCCAUGUUGGUGGAUGUCUACGGCGGACCAGAUUCCUAUUCGGUUACCACCAAGUGGAUGCUGGACUGGGGUACGUACUUGUCCUCCAAUCAGUCUGUGAUCUAUGCCAAGAUCGAUGGUCGUGGCUCGGGCCUUCGAGGGGAGAGUCUCCUCCAUGCCAUCUACCUUCAAUUGGGCACCGUGGAGAUCAGUGAUCAGAUCAGUGUAACGCGAAACCUCACUCAGCUGUACAACUAUAUCGAUGCCGAUCACGUGGGCAUCUGGGGAUGGUCUUAUGGAGGCUAUGCCGCUGCCAUGGCUCUGGCCAAUGAUGAUAAUCAGGUGUUCAAGUGUGCCGCCUCCAUAGCACCAGUCACAGACUGGGCUUACUAUGAUUCCAUUUACACCGAGCGAUACAUGGGUCUACCCACAACCAAUGAGGGGGGCUAUUCCAACUCCAGACUGAGCACGAGGGCCCAGAAACUGCGGGGCAAGAAGUACCUGCUGGUCCAUGGUACUCUCGACGACAAUGUCCACUACCAGCAGGCUAUGAUUUUGGCCAAGAACCUAGAGCGAUACGACAUUCUCUUCAAGCAGAUUAGCUAUGCCGAUGAGGAUCAUGGCCUGUCCAAUGUGCGUCCGCAUCUGUAUCACUCCUUGGAUAGAUUCUUUGGCGAGUGCUUUGCCAGCAGUCGCCUCAUGAAAAGUGCCAAAUAAACAGGGCAAUAAUAGCAAACAAUAUAGUUGAUAGUGCAACAUAAUAUCACAUAAUGACUAGCUGUGUUCUAAACCUGCUACAAGAAAACAAAAGGCAAACAUUUUCAGCUGCUAAUAGAUUGAGAUAAACUAAAAUUGGUACUUAAAAAGUUAAUAUAUUUCAAGAUUUAAAAC